AUGGCAUUCAAAAAUUUCUUAGUUAUUCUUUUAUUUUUCGUAUCAGUUUUAAAUGCCGAUUCACCAAAAAAUAUCAUUGAUACUAUUAAGGACCAACCAUCUUUGACAACAUUAUCUUAUUUAAUUUCUCAAGCUUCGGAAGAAGAUAUAGCAAUUUUAACUAAUAACAAUAAUUCCAUUACUUUAUUUGCUCCUAAUAAUGAUGCUAUUCAACUAGUUGAAAUUCAAUUUCUUAGUCAGCCUGAUACAUUGUUACAAACUGUUAAUUAUCAUUUAGUUAAUGGCUCAUUUUCCGACACUUCUUUAGGCGAACUUAAUUAUUUACCAACAUUUUUAAAUAGUACUAAAUGGGUACAAUUGGGUGGAAAACCGCAAUAUUUGGUGGUUACAAGGGAUAAAGAUAAUAAUAUUGAUGUUAAUUAUGGAAUGAAGAGUGUUAAUGCCCCAUCUAAAGUUAUCGGUUCUGGGAUUCAAACUUCUAAUGGUUAUAUUUAUAUAAUUGAUACAGUUUUACAAAUACCAAAAUCGCUUAAUGAAUCUCUCGUCGAUUCCGGGAAAUAUCCAAAUUUUCUAAAAUAUAUAUCAAAAAUUGAAUCAAUAAUUAAUAACUCUACAAAUGGUGUUACCAUCUUUUUACCUGAUGAUAAUUCAUUUGCCGCUACCAUUAAAGAUUACGAUGAUUCUAAAAUUACCGAUACUCUUAAUAAUCUUAUAAUUACUUCACCAAUUUAUCUUGGUAAUUUAACUGAUGGUCAAAAAAUUCAAACGUUGGGUAGUGAAGAAACUAUUAGUAUUAAGGAUGGAGUUUAUUAUGUUGGCAAUACCAAGAUUACUAUUUCUGAUAUAUUAAUAUCAAAUGGAGUUGUUCAUGUUACUGAAUAUGUUGUAGGUGCUGAUAAUGUUGCUGGAAAGAAUAAUAAUAGUUCUUCUAAUGAUGGUGAUUCAAUUAUGACUAAUCUAAUGUUUUCUCUUAUCUUGGUAUCUUUUACUAUUUUAUUUACUUUAUAA